UAAACAACACAAAUAAACCAAAAAUCUCAUUCACCUUUUUCAAAUUGCCAGCUAACAUCUGUUACAGAACCCUUAAAACCCUCUCUUUCUUCUUCAAGAUCCACCUAUAUAAACCCCCAUUUUUCUCCUUCAAUACUCAACCAAAUCCAAAUCCAAAUCCAAAAACUGGGUUUUUCUCUUAAUCCCUUUUACUAAAUUGGGUCUUUUUCAAAAUCUCGAAACCAUGAAAGCUUCGAUCAAAUUUCGCGAUGAAAAGAAACCAUUAAUCAGAGCCAAAAUUCCCUUAACUGUACUGAACAUCCCUUUCCAAUCAGGAGUUGUUACUGGUGAAUCUAACGAGCUAUCGUUGACUCUUGGCACUGUAUUUGAUUCGGGUCCUUCAUUGAAAUUCGGUUAUCGACCUAAUGAUUCGAAAAAUCCGUUUAGUUUUGUGUUUAAAACUGGGAUUGGGCAUUUUGGUUCUCCGAUUUUGAGUCCUUUGACAAUGAGUGCGGAGUUUAAUUUGAUUGGAAAGAGUCAGAACCCGAGUUUCUUUAUCCAUUUUAAACCGAGUUUUGGUGAUUUUUGUUUGAAGAAAUCGCAUUCUUCAUCGUCUCUUACGAAGAGUUUGGGAUCGAUGUCCAAUGGUGUUGAUGAUUUUGAGACGCCCGUGAUGAAAACUGAUUAUUAUGAAGAGAAAUCGGGGUUUCUUAGCAGGAAAAUUGAUUGUCUUCCGGCUGAUUUUGCUGUUGCUGGAGCUUUGGAGAACUUGUUUUCUGGUACUGUGGUUAGUGCACGGACUUCGUUACCUUUGAGGAACCGUGCUGUGGUGAAUUUCCGAUGGGGUCUUAAGUUUCCGAAAGUUGCUGAGGAUUCGGAUACUGUUAUACUGGGUAGAACUAACUUCGCGGGCAUUUCUUUCAGACAAUGCCCAUUGCUGGUGAUGAAUAAGAUUGGGAUUAAGCACGUAUCGAGAGAUGAGUCGAAGAAAGGGAAGAAGAAUUUGCUCGAAAAUGCAGAGUUGACACAAGCUUGUUUGGAUGUGAAGCAGCAGUUGGAGACAAUACAAGCCGAAAAUGGACUGUUAAGAAAUGCUUUGAAUGAUUUAAGGUCUGAAUUAGCUUCAAGAAAGUUUAGUUUUCCGAGUACGAAUGAAAUAGAGAACAGUAAGGCUAAAUACUCCGGUGAUCGGAGGGGUGAUUUUGAUAAGAAGUCGUCGAAUGGGAGGCCAAUAGAAGGGGAAGUCAAUGGCAAUGAGGACUUAAAGAAGGCUUGAAUUAGUCGACAUUGCUUCAUGUUUAAAGGUUUUCGAUUACUUCAGAAUUGUUCUUGUUUUGAUGCUAUUAUGUUCUUGUUUAAAUUUCUGUUAGGGUAAUGUUUGGAUCUUGUUUAAAGAGUUUUUGAGGGUUUAAGGUGAAGUAAGAAGUACUAGCAAUAGAAAACAGCUUGUUUUGAUAAGAUCUUUAUAGAAUAAUAUGGAGGGAAAGUUAUGGUUUAAAAUGUACUCAUUCCUAUGUUUAUGUUUAUAAGUUUAACUGCUGGUUUUGGUAAUAUACUGGAUGAUUAUAAUUCCAUUUA